GUUACAAUGGCUGAUGAGCAAGGCAGAGAGGAUAGAGGAGAACCGGCAGCCCAGCAGAUCAAUCUUAAUCAAGUCCAAUUUGAGGCUAUGAUGGCUGAGAUAACCAGGAGAAUGCAAGUUAACUUCGAUAGAGCUCAACAAGCUAAUGGUGUUUUAGUUGAUGAUAAUGCAGGACAGGAGAGAGCAGCAUCUGUUGCUGGAGCUAGGAGAGCAUGCAUUGGACCUAUAAGGGGAGCAAGGUUUGAGGUUGGAGGUCAUAGGCUCUAUGGUGAGCAAGCUGAGGAUGAUGAAGCUGAUGAAAGUGAUGAUGAGUCUCAGGCUAGUCAGCACCACAGGCACCAUAACCGCCGGCGACCAGCUGAUAACCUAGGCAAUCUCAAGCUUAGAAUUCCUCCAUUCCAUGGUAAGAAUGAUCCUGAUGCCUAUCUGGAGUGGGAGAAGAAGAUUGAGCUAGUUUUCAAUUGCCAGCAGUUCACUGAGGAGAGGAAGGUUAGAUUAGCAGCCAUUGAGUUUUCUGGUUAUGCUAUUAGCUGGUGGGAUCAGAUUGCUACUACCAGGAGACGCAAUGGAGAGCCUCAGAUAGCUUCCUGGUUUGAGAUGAAAACUGUAAUGAGAAAGAGAUUUGUUCCUAAUCACUAUGGAAGAGAUCUCCACCAGAAACUAAGGAGGCUUUCCCAAGGUUCUAAGAGUGUAGAGGACUAUCACCAGGAAAUGGAGACACUCAUGUUGAAGGCUGACUUAGAAGAGGGUGUGGAAGCUACUAUGGCUAGGUUCCAAGGGGGACUUGAUAGAGAGAUCCAUGAUAGGUUGGAGCUGCAAGAGUAUGAAGAUAUGGAUGAGAUGUUGCACAGGGCAAUUUUGAUUGAGCAGCAGAACAAGAGGAAGAGCUCUACUAGAUCUCCAUACAGCUCUAAUUCAAAACCAGCCUACUCAAGAGAUGAGAGAUCAACGGAUAAGCCAAAGGAGGAAGCUUCUACAGCUAGCACCAAGCAUGAUGAUAAGGGAAAGGGCGUGGAUACACCUACCAGAACCAGGAACAUCAAGUGUUUCAAGUGCCAUGGCUUUGGGCAUUAUGCUAGUGAUUGUACCAACAAGAAGGUGAUGACUAUCUUAGCUAAUGGGGAAGUGAUAUCUGAGGAUGAAGAUGGCGACCAGGAGCUUGAUGAGGAUGGCGUGGAGUAUCCAGUCCAAGGGCAACUACUGGUUACUAGGAGACUUCUCAAUGUUCAGCCUAAGGUCAAAGAGGAUGAGCAGAGAGAAAACUUGUUCCACACAAGGUGUUUGAUUCAAGACAAGAUGUGCAGCUUAAUCAUUGAUGGAGGUAGCUGUACAAAUGUGGCAAGUAAUGAGCUAGUGGAGAAACUAGGUCUUGAAGUGAUCAAACACCCUAAGCCAUAUCUGUUGCAAUGGAUCAAUGAUGAGGGAGGAUUAAAGAUCACCAAGCAAGUGAAAGUCUUAUUAUCAGUGGAAAAGUAUCAGGAUGAGAUCACUUGUGAUGUAGCACCUCUUGAAGCUAGCCACAUCCUCCUUGGUCGUCCAUGGCAGUAUGAUAAGAGAGCAUUACAUGAUGGCUUCACCAACAGAUACACUUUUGCUCACAAGGAGAAACAAGUGACACUGGCGCCAAUGACACCUCAAGAAGUACCCAAGAUCAAAUGCUUCUCAAAAGGAGGAGGGAGGACGCCAAGGCUGCUGGAGUAUAAGGAUGUGUUCCCAGAGGACAAUCCCAUAGGUCUGCCGCCUAUUAAGGGAAUAGAGCACCAGAUUGAUUUUGUGCCAGGAGCUACCUUACCAAACCGCCCAGCAUACAGGACCAAUCCUGUGGAGACUAAGGAGCUUCAGAAACAAGUUAAUGACCUGCUAGAGAAAGGCCACAUCAGGGAGAGCAUGAGUACUUGUGCUGUACCUGUUCUACUGGUGGCAAAGAAGGAUGGGAGCUGGCGCAUCAAGACUAUGGAAGAACAUGUUAACCACUUGAAACAAGUUCUAGAUGUGCUUAGAAAAGAAAAUCUGUAUGCUAACUACAAGAAGUGUUCUUUUGGCACAGAUAACCUUGUCUUUUUAGGUUUUGUUGUGACUUCACAGGGUAUACAGGUUGAUGAGGAGAAGGUGAAAGCCAUCAGAGAGUGGCCGAUCCCUAAGUCUAUUGGAGAGGUCAGGAGUUUUCAUGGACUUGCUGGCUUCUAUAGGAGGUUUGUGAGAGAUUUCAGUACAGUUGCAGCACCACUAACUGAGAUAAUCAAGAAGAGUGUAGGUUUCACUUGGGGAUCAGACCAGGAAGAGGCAUUUCAAAUGCUAAAGGAUAAAUUAACAAGUGCUCCCUUACUUGCACUUCCUGAUUUUUCUAAAACUUUUGAAAUUGAAUGUGAUGCAUCUGGUAUUGGAACUGGAGCUGUGUUGAUGCAGGAUAAGAAGCCCAUAGCUUAUUUCAGUGAGAAGCUAGGAGGUGCCACCUUGAACUACCCUACCUAUGAUAAGGAGCUGUAUGCCUUGGUGAGAGCCCUACAAGUGUGGCAACACUACUUGUGGCCUAAGGAGUUUGUGAUCCAUACAGAUCAUGAGUCUAUUAAACAUCUCAAGGGGCAACAUAAGCUGAACAAGAGGCACGCCAGAAGGUAUACUCUUUUAUCUUCCAUGGAAACUAAACUUUUAGGCUUUGAACAUAUCAAAUAUUGCUAUGCUGAUGAUCCUGAGUUUAAAGAUGUGUUUAGAGAGUCUGAGAAACAUGCUAGUGGGAAGUUCUAUCAAGGAAGCUCAUGCAGGAGGACUGAUGGGACACUUUGGAGUCGCCAAAACACUCUCCACACUACAAGAGCACUUCUACUGGCCGAACAUGAAUGGAUUGAUAUCUCUAUGGACUUUGUCUUAGGAUUGCCUAGAACUAGGAAAGGAAGAGAUAGUAUCUUUGUGGUUGUUGAUAGGUUCUCUAAGAUGGCUCACUUCAUACCUUGUCAUAAAACUGAUGAUGCAUCUUUGGUAGCUGAUAUAUUCUUUAGAGAAGUUGUUAGACUGCAUGGUAUGCCUAGGACUAUAGUUUCUGAUAGAGAUACUAAGUUCCUUAUCUAUUUCUGGAAAACUCUGUGGGGAAAGUUGGGAACUAAGCUAUUGUUUUCAACUACUUGUCAUCCCCAAACUGAUGGUCAGACUGAAUCAGUCAAUAGGACAUUGUCUACUCUCUUGUGUGCCAUCAUUAAGAGUAACAUUAGGACUUGGGAGGAUUGUUUACCACAUGUAGAGUUUGCAUACAAUAGGGCAGUGCAUUCAGCUACUAAACUCUCACCUUUUCAAGUUGUUUAUGGUUUUAACCCACUGUCUCCUCUUGAUUUGUUUGCUUUACCUUUAAAAGAACAAGCUAACAUUGAUGGCAAGCAAAAGGCCGAGUUUGUUUUGUCUUUGCAUGAACAGGUCAGGAAGAACAUUGAGGAGAGGACCAAGAUGUAUGAAAGGCAGAAGAACAAGGGGUGCAAGGAGCUAGUACUUGAGCCGGGUGAUCUUGUGUGGAUUCACAUGAGAAAAGAGAGGUUUCCUGUUGAGAGGAAAUCAAAGUUGCUACCAAGGAAGGAUGGACCUUUCAAAGUGCUGAGAAGAAUCAACAACAAUGCCUACCAGAUUGAUCUUGAGGGGAAGUACACAAUCAGUUCUACUUUCAAUGUUUCUGAC